AUGGCUCAAAAACGGAUGCUCGAGCUAUAUGACACUUUCAAAGACAGCGUGAAGGAGGGCAAACGGAUGAAAUUGGCGCAGGACAUCCUCAAUUCUGAUGUGGAGGUGAUAAGGGAGAUGUAAGUUGUUUGCUUUCUAGUUUUCUUCUUUUAGGCAAUUGAUAAUUAAAAUUCAAUUUUUUUUUGACGAAUUUGGUGCUAGAUCUGGAUUUUUUUGGCUGUAACAUGACCUAAUUCUUGCACCAAGGGCACCAUAAAUACAAAUUUCGUUUUAUUCCGUCAAUUUUUAUUGAUUAUUUUAUCCAUUGACAAUUUCAGGUCAAUCUUUCUACAGCACCAAAUGUCAAUGAGGGUUGGGGAAAGGAUGAGAAUGAAACCAGUGGUUCUUGACGCCUUUGUUCGCCAUUAUCCAACAAUGGAGCGAUUCUCGAGAUACCAGCGAGGAAACGAUCUUAUCUUUUGUGCGUUUACCCUUUAUUGAUUUUUUAUUGAUUCUAGGCAAAUCUAUCGGUGCGUUCGCCGCGUACAAGAUUAUGUCGGUGAGUUGGUUCUAUUUAGUUCCAAUGGGCCUUGAUUUUUUAUUGUUUACCCUCCAAAAUAUAGUCUAGAAGUCUGUUUAUCUUGUUUUUCACCAACAAAAUUGAUGUCUAAAAUUUAGGUCCUCUCAAGUCACGUUCGCAGUCGUUUGUUCAAUCGUCUGAAAGGGUCAAACCUUGCUGCGUUCAAUAGUUGUGAAACCGGAUUCCUUAAUUUUCUGAAAAUCUCAUUGGAAGGCCGAGUUUUAUUCAGCUGCCCUUUCCUCAAGUUCAUCGAUUUUUUUAUCCAUUUUAACUUCCCGAUAAAAAACGCGUGUAUCGAAUGCUCAUGCGUACGUCUGAGCUCGGUUGAGAUCCCGGAAAAGGUCGUAUGUUUAUCCGGUGAGUUCCCAUUCAUAAUAUUAUUGUGCUUGAUAUUUAGAUAUCUCAAACUCUGAUGUGUUCCCAAUGUGCGGAAUCUUUAAUUUCUUAAAUAAUGUGGAAAAGGUUGCGGCUCGUUCCCGAUGUCUCAAAGGGGUUGUUUGUCCUUUAGAGGCGAAAAAGAUCAUUCUUUUGGAUGAACGGGAUCCGAUUGUGUUGAAGGUAGAGGAUGAUGUAUUGAAGCUUGAGAAUGAUACUGAAGAUAGAUCAAUUUUUGAUUUUUUGUCGAAGUAAGCUGGAUUUUUUCUAUCCAUAUUUAGUCCUAUUUUGUAUAUUGUUCUUGGUCAACGCUUCCUUUCAGAAAUAUCAAGUUGAAAGGCUCGCCGAAGAAGCUCGAAUUGAAUAUAACAACUAAAAACAGUCUCUAUCCGCCCGAUGGAUACGUAAAGCUGUUGAAAAAAGCGUUCAAAACUAUUAGGGAGGUCGAUUUGGUCUUUUGCAUUAAGGUACGUUAGUCUAAAUUUAUUUUGUUCAAUAUUUAGGCCCACAAAGCCCAAGCCCUCCUGGUCGCAUUGUGCAAAGAGGCCAAGAGUCUGGCCGUCCGAGGAGUCAAAGUGAAUUUCCGAAUCCGCCUUUGUCGCAGCGGUCAGGCCGUUGAUCCGGGCAUCGCCAAGAAACACGUCAUCUUUGCCGGUCGAGUUUUCCACCCAACCUUGGCCGGAAUCGGCGAUGGGCAUAAUUGCGGCCAUGCCUUUGAUUGGACCGAGAGAAAUCUGGUUGUUCAUGUCUGCGCUGGCUACAGUCUCAAAUGUGAAUUGGAGAGAAAAGAUGGGAGAAAGGAUGAGGUCCCUGAAAUUGUAAACCCACCGCCACCCGAGUAUUACUACGGCCUCUUCUACGAUCCCGAACCCUAUGACGACUACUUGGACUAUCACAGCUGGCUGUAUGAUCUCUAUGCUCGAGGGCGUUGA